GCAGCACCAUGACCCUGGGCUGCAGCAGCGGGAGCAGCAGACCCUGCGGCUUGCUGGCGGCGCCCUCGCCCGGGGAGGAGGAGGACGACGACGAGGCUCUCUCCGACGUGGAGGACGGCGACAUCGACGUGGUGGGGCCCCCCCAUGACCAUGGCCCGGCCAAGUUCAGCGACGACGAGGAGGACGACGACGACGACGAGGAGGAGGAAGAGGACUUGCGCCUUCUGCCCAAGCAGCCCCCCGCCCGGGGGAACCUCUCGCCCCCUCAGGCUGGCCCGGAGACGGCGCUGGGAGACGGCCACCCGCCUGCAGCGCCCGCCGCGCUGCCUCCAGCCGCGCCCGCCGCCCCGGUGGCCUCGUCUUCGGGCGGCGCUGCCUCAGGGGGUGGCGGCGGGGGCAAGAACCCGCUGGUGAAGCCGCCCUACUCGUACAUCGCGCUCAUCACCAUGGCCAUCCUGCAGAGCCCCAAGAAGCGGCUGACGCUGAGCGAGAUCUGCGAGUUCAUCAGCGGCCGCUUCCCCUACUACCGCGAGAAGUUCCCCGCCUGGCAGAACUCCAUCCGCCACAACCUCUCGCUCAACGACUGCUUCGUCAAGAUCCCCCGCGAGCCGGGCAACCCGGGCAAGGGCAACUACUGGACUCUGGACCCGGAGUCCGCCGAUAUGUUCGACAACGGCUCCUUCCUGCGCCGGAGGAAGCGCUUCAAGCGGCAGCAGCAGCAGCUCCACCCGCAGCCGCCCGACCUCCUCCUGCGCGCCGCCGCCGCCGCCGACCCGGCCGCCUUCCUCCCCGGCUUCGCUUACGGACCUUACGGCUACAACUACGGGCUCCAGCUGCAGCUUCCACCACCACCACCACCACCACCAUCACCCGGCGGCAGCGGGAGGCGGCGGGCGGCGGCGGGGACCUUCCCCUUCCAGCCCUCGCCUUGCGCCCUGCCGACGCCGCCGGGCCCCGCAGCCUCGGCGGCCGCCCCGUCCGUUUUCUCCGGCGGCCUCUCGUCUUUCCUGGGCGGCGAGCUGAGCUGCAGGAAAGCCUUCUACCCGGCCGGCCAGCUCAGCCCCACCGCCUCCCUCCUGCAGAGCCUUAAGACGGACCAGGGAGCCGGCAACAGGCCUUCCUUUUCCAUAGACAACAUCAUCGGGGGCGGCGGCGCGGCCCCCCCGCCCUCCAGCAGUGCCACCAGCAGCGCGCCCGCUUCGCCUUUCCCGGCGGGCCACGGCGGUGGCCAGGCGCAGGUCCUGGCAAUGCUCUCCCCGGCGCUGACGCCCAUCCCGAACCAUUUGAAUCUCGCCCACGAAUCCCUCCUGCAGGCCGGACAGAACUUUCCCAGUAAACUAACCAGCCUCAACAGCUGCCCUUUUUAAAAGGCAACCCGUCACCGU